CCCAUAUUGCUUUAAUACAAAUUUACAAUGUUUCAAGAAUUAGAAUGCUUCAUCUGCCAAUGAUUUUGAUUUGUUUUUAUAUUAUUUUUUUCAUUUUCAUGUAGUUUUUCCAUCCAUCCUAAUCCGAAGCUUUUCCUUUACAAGGCCUUCAAAGAUUCACAAAGUUCAUACCUUUUUCAGACAUCACAUUUUCAUGCUUGUAUACAAAAACCAAAGAAUAAAAAGGGGGGAAUUGCAAUUGUAUAUGUAUUCAAUCACAAAUUUGUGUAAGGAAUCAUUUGCUUUUCUGGGGUCUCAUUUGAAAUGGUGGCUUUAUCAGAUUGCUGUCUGAAACAGAGAAAGGAGGGAAUAUUUGCGGAGAAUCUAAUCUGAUGUUUGAUGGGUAGUUUCCUCAGUUUUGGGGGAAAAUUAUGUUGGCAACAGUUAAUCCAACAAUGGAGAAGGAAUUUGAUUCGAAGCUGAGGAUUGAGAGCAGCAGUUCUUCUUCCAACAAUGAUGGUGGGAAUGAUGAUUCUCAGAGAUCUAAGGUUUUUUCAUUCAGAGCUCCACAGGAGAAUUUCAGCAUUCAGGAUUUUGAAUUGGGCAAGAUUUAUGGUGUUGGUUCCUAUUCAAAGGUUGUCAGAGCCAAGAAGAAAGACACAGGAAAGAUCUAUGCUAUGAAGAUCAUGGACAAAGAGUUCAUUACAAAAGAAAACAAAACGGCUUAUGUAAAAUUGGAGCGCAUCGUAUUGGACCAGUUAGAUCAUCCCGGUGUAGUGCGAUUGUUUUUCACAUUUCAAGAUAAUUUCUCGCUCUACAUGGCACUUGAAUCUUGUGAAGGCGGAGAACUUUUUGAUCAAAUUACGAGGAAGGGCCGUCUAUCGGAGGAAGAUGCUCGUUUCUAUGCAGCUGAAGUGGUGGAUGCUCUCGAAUAUAUCCACAGUAUGGGCUUGAUACAUCGAGAUAUUAAGCCGGAGAAUCUGCUGCUCACUGAAGACGGCCACAUCAAAGUUGCUGAUUUUGGUAGCGUAAAGCCUAUGCAAGGCAGCCAGAUAACUGUCCUUCCAAACGCAUCAUCGGAUGAUAAAGCAUGUACCUUUGUGGGGACAGCCGCCUAUGUACCUCCGGAAGUUUUAAAUUCCUCUCCGGCAACUUUUGGGAAUGAUCUGUGGGCCCUUGGAUGUACGUUGUACCAAAUGCUUUCGGGGACGUCUCCUUUCAAGGAUGCCAGUGAAUGGCUUAUUUUCAAAAGAAUUGUUGCCAGAGACAUCAGAUUUCCAAAUUACUUUUCGGAAGCAGCUCGGGAUCUGAUAGAUAAAUUAUUGGAUAUUGACCCGAGUCAGAGGCUGGGGGCGGGACCCAAUGGCUAUCUAGCUCUGAAAAGCCAUCCCUUUUUUAAAGGUGUUGAUUGGAUAAAUUUGAGGGAUGUGAACCCACCUAAACUAGCUCUGGACCCAGCGGCUCAGUCUCCUGGAUGUGAAGAUCACGAUUCUUCGUGGAAUCCCACACACAUUGGAGAUGGUUCGGUGAAAACAACUGAUGGAAGUGCUGCAGUUGCUUCUGCCUCUGAUACCGGUAGCAUCAAUAGACUUGCUUCAAUCGAUUCAUUUGACUCAAAAUGGCAACAGUUUCUGGAGCCGGGCGAGUCAGUUCUUAUGAUCUCAAUGGUCAAGAAAAUGCAGAAGAUAACUAGCAAGAAGGUGCAGCUCAUCCUUACGAAUAAACCUAAAUUGAUCUAUGUCGACCCAGCGAAACUGGAGGUCCGAGGAAACAUCAUAUGGUCCGACAAUCCUACCGAGCUGAACGUUCAAGUUAUAAGCCCUUCGAAUUUCAAGAUUUGCACGCCGAAGAAGGUCAUGUGCUUCGAUGAUGCAAAGCAACGAGCAGCGCAGUGGAAGAAGGCGAUCGAGGCCCUUCAAAACCGGUAAAUUGCUUACUGGGGUGACAACACAUACUUCUGGAUAUACUUAUGACACAAUGGUAGAACACAAAGUGGAAAAAAGAAAACUUGAGGCGACCCGGGAAUAGUUUCGGAUGCUGCUCCGUUUGGAAGCUUUCGUUCGAGGAUAGUCGUUGUUCUAGCUGUUUAAGAUGAAUUGAUGAUGCUCUCAUGGAUGUGUUAUCCACCAGUUUUGUUGCAAAAAAUCUCCCAUUUCAAAUGUCAUUUAAUUUUUAGAUCAUGUUUUUGCUUUGAUUUUAGUUCAUCGUUGUACUUCAUAUUUGGUUGAUGAAAUCUACAGACUAUGAAGUGUAAAAGACCAGAAAAAACAUUUGAUUCAUUUAAAUUUGUAUGAGAAAAUAUAUUGGGUUUAA